AUGAAGAUCCAGUGUCUGCAAUUAGCGCUGCUGUCGUUGAGCACGGCCACUUCUUUGGCAUUUGUGAAUCAGCCAACUUCGUUUGCUGCUUCAGUCAAGUCCGUCAGUGACAAUAAGAGCAAGAAUGUGUUGUUGUCCAUGUCAAGCACGAGCGAAAUGGAAGACGCUGCGACGUUCGAAGAAUUGAGUCUCCCGGCUCGUGCGGGACGUCCCCUGAAGGUGGCCAUUGCGGGAGGAGGCGUGGGCGGAUUGACGGCCGCUCUUUGCAUGCUCAAAAAGGGAUUCGACGUCACGGUCUACGAAAAAACCGCCGCCUUUGCCAGAUUCGGGGGUCCCAUCCAAUUCGCCUCCAAUGCACUCUCCGUGCUCAAAGAAAUUGACGAUGAACUCUUCGAUAGAGUCAUGGAAAAGUUCACUUUUACAGGAACUAGAGUGUGUGGAAUCAAAGAUGGACUGAGAUCCGAUGGUUCUUUCCGAAUGACCGAUGAUGCCUUGGAUUAUGUCUUCAAUCCUGAUGCUCCGGCUGAUUGGUUUGUCAAAUUCCCACUCAAGGAAUGCGCCGAUCUCUAUGGGCUGCCAUACACGGGAGUCAUUGAUCGACCUGAUUUGCAAGAAAUCCUCAUUGAUGAAUGCACCAAAAUCAAUCCAAACUUUAUCAAGAAUGGGAAUCCGGUCGAGAGCUACACGGAUCACGGAAAGGGAAAUGGUGUCACGGUCAAUCUCGCCGAUGGAUCUACCGCCGAUGCCGAUGUCCUCGUAGGAAGUGACGGAAUCUGGUCCGCCAUUCGAUGCCAAAUGUACGGAGAAGGAGACAUCAAAAAGACUAGCGCCAACAAAUUGAAACGACAAGGUUGCGAUUAUUCAGGAUACACCGUAUUUGCAGGAGAGACCGUCAUCAAAACAGAAGACUACUACGAAACAGGAUACAAGGUAUACAUUGGACCCAAGAGAUACUUUGUCACCAGUGAUGUCGGUCAGGGACGUGUCCAAUGGUACGCAUUUUUCGCCUUGCCACCUGGUUCCAAAAAGGCACCCAGUGGUUGGGGAGGAUCCACACGAGACGAACAAGCAGAUCCCGGAGAGAACCUCGUCGAUUACAUCAAGUCAUUGCACGAAGGAUGGUCUGACGAAGUCUUUACCAUUCUUGAUGCCACUCCACCAGAGAGUGUGGAACAACGGGAUCUCUACGACCGUGCACCAGAGUUCUUGAGAAGUUGGGCCGACGGGAACGUUGUGUUGAUGGGAGAUGCCGUUCACGCCAUGAUGCCCAAUCUUGGUCAGGGUGGAUGUCAGGCCAUUGAGGACGCCUACGUGCUUUCCGAAAAGCUCGCUGCAACCAAGAGUACCAAGGAUAUCCAAGGCAAUCUGCAAAAGUUCUACAGAGAGCGAAUCCUCCGUGUCAGUAUUGUCCAGUUCCUGAGUCGUUUGGCCAGCGAUCUCAUCAUCAAUGCUUUUGAUACUCCUUGGAGUCCACACGAUAACCUUGGACAGACAUGGAAGAGUUACUUAACGUUCUUCUGGAAGCCCGUCCUCCAAUACAUGAUUUUCCCACUGCAAUUUGCCUACUUGUACUCCUAUUACCCGUCAGGAAGCAUCCGGGAAAUUGCUGCCGAGCUCAACGAGAAGUGGAAGACCAAGCACAUGGAAGAGGCAGAAGACGCCUUUGCUCUGGUACGAGAAGAAGGAGUUCAAAUCUCUGGUCCAUCGUUUUUCCAAAAGGCGGAGACCCCCGAAACUGUUUUGGCUGCCAAGAAAUAG